AUGUCAUCAGGUCAGGAUCCGCCAACUCAUGGCACCACCUUGUGGGUCCCAGAAAUCAUGACUCAUAUCGGCGCAUACCUCACACCGCCAGACCUCCGCUCCGCAGUGUGUGUCUGUCAACACUGGAACCAAACCUACAUCCCUCUACUCUGGCAUCACAUCAACGACUCGCUCUACAGCUGGCCUGACCUAGCCUUAAGGAUAUCCCCUACUCCGGACUCCAACAACGAACAACAGCAGUGGGAGGAAACAGACAGGAUACGGAGGACGUUUGAAAAGUAUGGGUGCCAUAUUCGGCAACUAUUCUUGAGUAAAAGGGAGCUGCUUGCGAUUGUCUCUGCGGUGGCGAUGGUGGCCGGUGCUAAAGGAGGGCUUUCUUCGUGCACGCAACUGCAGGAUCUGGAGGUCUCCUUAGUCAACAUUAUAUCGCCCAAGGAACAAGCCGAAAGCUAUCGGAUAAUGGCUCUCACUCAGGAGGAACGGGCAGCCGAGCGAGAACAAGCACAAGCAAUGGGUAUGCCUUCCGUCCUCUCACCCGUCCUGGAGGGCGUCUUUGAAGCGAGAAUAGGGCCCUUCCAGAGUGUCACCAAACUGAUCAAGGAUUGGGAGUCGAACCAGCACUUCUGGUUACUGGUACGUCAGAACCGACAGGGGAUCCGGUCAUUGAGUAUGAGCUGGAGUACCAUGGGAUCCUGUAGAAUUGCGGAUCACAACUUCUUGUACGAAACGCUUGGUGGGAUGAAGCAGUUGAGGGUGUUGAAGAAUGAGAUGGUGGUGUUGGAGCUGAACAGGUUGUUGAGAUCGGUGCCGAUGCUGGAGAAAUACUCGACUUCGAGCCACCUUAUUGGAAGUGGAUGGAUGGCACUAAAUGGUGAUGGUGGUGGUGGUGGUGGUGGUGGUGGUACUCAAUCUAUGAACCUCAAAGCGCUGGAGAUCCGGGGUCCGAUGGAGAGCGAUAAGGUGGGCGAGCUUUUGGAACGGUUUCCGGAUCUGGAUCGACUGAAUCUUGGACGACUCAUUACUUCAGACACAGAGACAACAACAGCAACAAGAGCGGGGCCAUUGACUGGAGGCGGAGGAGAAUCAGGACAGGAUAAUACUGCAAUGGUGGAGCAGGGCCGUCUCAAGAGUCGGUUGAAGGUACUGGAGAUUGAUCUACCGAGCUUACCAAGGUCGACCGUCAACGUCCUGCUGGAUGCGAUACGUUUAGUACCGCACUUGACGACCCUGUCGAUCAAGGAGCUGGAUAUGGAGACGGCGACUGCGAUCGGACGAAGCUGUGAGUUUCUGGAGACAUUUUCUCUAUGGAUCAAGGUGGAGCCCAACCCGGCGACCCGGGAACAACCGGGAACGAUCAAGCUUAACGCGUUGAAUGUCAUUCUACAGUCAUGUUCUCGUUUGAAACGGGCGGAUGCGAGUUGGUGCAUGAUUGCGGCUGACGACCUUUUGGAUAACCAACCAGCAUGGAUAUGUCAGAACUUGGAACUGCUGCGGUGUCGGAUAGUUGGGUUUUAUUAUCUGACGAACGAGGAACAGGAGACCAUUCAGAUGAUUAAAGGACCAGACUUUGUUGGGUGCCAGGAGUCCGACUAUGAGCGACGGGUCUUGCAGUUUGCCAAUCGGCGUCAGGAGCAGUACAAGGCAGUGUAUGAGAGGAUUGCGGGUCUGAGGCGCCUUGUGACACUGGACCUUGCUUCGGGAUACAGAUAUCAGCCUUUUCUUAGCCUUCGCCAACGGAUAGAGACCAGGAGGAAUGUGAAUGCGCUUGAGGUGUCUCUCUCGGUGGGGUUGGAGCAGCUGUCGACGCUUGGAUGUCUUGAGGAGUUUGGGUUUGAAGGGUUGGAGAGUGGUGUUGGUGAGAAUGAACUGGGGUGGAUGGUGAAGAGUUGGCCUCGGUUGAAGGUGGUGAGGGGUCUUCAGGGGCGGGCGCUGGACUCUGUUGCAACUCGACAGAGGAAGGCUCAGCUGCGACAAUCGCUGCGAGAAAGGAAGGCGUCGAUUCAGCAGCAACAACAGCAACACCAGCAACACCAGCCAGCAAGGACCAUAUUCCACAUCCAGGAAUUAGGCUCCGUCGUCGGGAGUUACCUCACCCCGCCCCAGCUCCUCUCCUGUGUCCAAGUCUCCUCCCUCUGGCACUCUGUCUUCUCCCCGUCCCUCUGGCACACCAUCGACGACAACCUCUACUCCUGGAAGCAUUACCUCGAAAAACAUGACUCCGAGGAGGAGGUCGAGACCGGCGGACAUGACACCCGCUGGGUGAUGGACAUCUUUGCCAAGUAUGGAAACCACAUUCGAGAGCUCACCAUCAGCUGGAAGGUGCUCAUCUCGGCUGCUUAUGAAGGUGGUGCUUGUACAAAGCUGGUCUCAUUGAGAAUUUAUGCGCUGUUCUAUGAGACCAAGCGGGAAAAGUUGGAGAAGCGCGGGAUCCCUGUGGGGAGGUCGUAUGCAGUCAAGCCGGGGCCUUUUCUCUCACCUAUUUUCGAAGGAGGUACAGUCUUGAAGGAGACCUGGUCCAAUGGCCGGUCUGAACGACAGCAGCGGAUUGACUGGCUGGUCGUGCAGCAGUACUGGUUGCUCCUACGACAGAACUUGGGCCUGCGUUCCUUGGACCUUAGGAGGAUGCCGCAGUGGAUGGGUGGGCUUGCACAGGAGGCCUUCUUUUAUGAAACCGUGGGCAUGUUGGACAGACUGGUCGAUGUGGCGAUGGAUGAUUUUGAGGUCGACCUGAAUGUGUUGUUUAACGCGCAGCCAAAGUUGCUGCGGUUCAGGACGUUUCUCAAUCUCAACAAUCGACACACGCUCACGACUUUGUUCUCGGGCCUGCGAUUGGUCGAGUGCAAGGGAUACAUGUCCCCUCUGAGCAUGGCGACUUUGCUAGAACGGCUUCCGGGACUGGAGGAGAUACGCCUUUACUCGUUCCUCCCCGAAAGAUCGUCGUUACCAGCGACCACCCUAUCAGCCCAGGUCGAGGAAUUGAAGGCCUUCAUCGACUCUGCAUCCUCCUCACCCAGCAACCUACAGACAUUCUUCCUCGAGAGAACCAAGCAAGGAGCGGCUGCCGAGAUCUUGAAGGUCUUCUUACCCUGGUGGCCCAACCUGAAAAGACUCUCUGUGACAGGACUGACGCGGGAGAUUGCAUUGACGGCCAUCAGGUCCUGUCCUGUUCUAGAACAUGUGAGCGAGUCAAAGGACCCGACAAGCAUCUUCCCUGACCAUCAGACCCAAACCGACCACAACAUCCCAACCCUCCUUCUCAAAUCCUGUCCUCAACUGCGAGUUAUCAAUGGGAUCAAACUGACGAUUGAUAUCCGAUCAGAUCCCCAUGCUGCUAAGGGCUGGGUCUGUCCACAGCUGACGACUCUUCGCUGUCAGAUCAUUGGACUUCCACGUCUGACAGAGCAGGAACGGAAUGCACUGGAUACCCAAAACUUAACCUCCUUAUCCCUAUCACUACCAGCUUCCUUCAAGGACAACCUCGGCUUUACAGGAGAGGAAGAAGAACCAGAGGCUAUAGAAUCAAGGACCAAAAUCCAAGCAUUCCAAAGACUCCACCACCAAAUCUACAACCAACUCGCACAACUAACAAACCUCCGCCGCCUCGUCCUUGGAUUCGAGUUCCGCGACUUCCACAGACUGUUCCUCUACUCACAGGGAUUGAACCUCGUCUGGAACUAUGACGACCCUGUCCCGGGCACACUUGAGUUCUCGCUGGCUUCAGGACUGGACCGGUUGGCAACGUUGAAGAAUUUGGAAGAGUUUGGGUUUGAGGGACUGAAUCAUCGGAUUGGGAGGUUGGAAAUUGAAUGGAUGGCGGUCAAUUGGCCUCGGUUGAGACUCCUUCGCGGGGUGUCGGACGACAAGACUUCUGGUAGAGCAUAUGCCAAGCAGAAGCAACUCCUUCGCGAGCACAUGCAAUCCCUUCGACCAGACAUCGCCUUUGAAUAA